CUGAACCCUCGCUUAUGAUAACUACAGUAUCCGACUGUGACUACUAGUAGCAUUAGCUAUGGAACUCCGUCUACUUGUUGCAGUGCUCCUAUUAAGCUUAGCUUAUGGAGACACAAACUACAGAUUAAACACACCAAUAGUACCAUCGAACUACAGAAUUAACCUAACACCUUACUUUGACACCAAUGAUGCUCAAGCGUUCACGUUUGACGGAGAAGUUGUCAUAACAUUUACUACCACAAAUGCUACGAAUCAAAUUAAAUUUCAUUCGAAUGAUUUAAAUUUCACAGUGAAUAAUAUCGCUUUAACUCCUAAUAUAAAUUUCGACGCUACAAAUCCACUACAGUUUAAUACAAGCUAUGAUUUUGUGUUUCUCAAUUUACAAAAUGAGUUACAAGUUGGCACGACUUAUAAUUUGAGAAUAGUGUACUCGGGACCUAUAAGGACAGAUUUGAAUGGAUUCUACAGGAAUUUCUAUAUGGAAGGAGGAAUUAAAAAAUGGGUCGGGGCCACUCAAAUGGAACCCACGCACGCAAGGAAGGUGUUCCCGUGUUUCGACGAGCCAGGGUUGAAGGCAACUUUCGACUUGGUAAUAUCUCGGCCUGCGAGCUACAAGCCAUCUCUGUCGAACAUGAAGAUCAUGACAACAGAAAAUAUAGCCAACAACAUGGUGAGGGAAACAUUCUACACCACUCCAAUCAUGCCGACAUACCUUGUCGCCUUCAUUAUCUCAGAAUUUGAUGUGAGGAGUACUGACGACAGCUUCGGAGUAUACACAAGACCUGAAGCCUUGAACCAGACCCAAUUCGCUUUUGAUUUUGGUGAAAACGUUGUCAACCAACUUGGAAAUUACUUCGGUAUCGACUACUACUCUUCUAAUGAACAUUUGAAGUUGGAUCACGUGGCAUUGCCUGACUUCAGGGCUGGUGCCAUGGAAAAUUGGGGUCUAGUUACUUAUAGGGAGUCGUUGCUCCUCUACGUCCCAGGUGAGUCCAUGCCAUACUACAAGUACAGAGUGGCUCAGAUCCUAGCGCACGAGACCACGCACAUGUGGUUUGGGAACCUGGUCACGUGCCACUGGUGGAGCGACACCUGGCUCAAUGAAGGCUUCGCCAAUUACUUCCAGGACUACAUCACUUCUGUGAUCGAACCAGAUCUUGGAUCAGAUGACAUAUUAGUUACUGGUUCAAUGUACGCGGCAUACGACGCUGACAACGCCCCCACUUCUCCCCCCAUCUCCAACGAAGACGUCAACUCACCAGCCGAGAUCAGCGGCCAUUUUGGAACCAUUACCUACCAAAAAGCUGGCUCUGUUAUCAGGAUGAUACAUCACUUGGUCGGCGAUGAGGCAUUCAAGUUUGGCUUGAAUUCUUAUUUGAAUGCUUCGAAAUUUAGCUCAGGUUACCCCGACCGCUUGUACGAAGGUCUCAACGCUGGAGUGACCACCACCAACGCGCUGUCCAUCUACCCUGGUGCUACUAUCAAGGACAUCAUGAUCUCCUGGAUCAACCAAGCUGGCCAUCCCAUUGUUACUGUUAACGUUGACUAUGAAAACCAGAUUGCUACUCUGACACAGAGUCGUUUUUACAUAAACUCGUCUCAUACUUCAGAACAAGAAUACAAAAUACCAAUUACCUAUACCACAAAAGUUUCGCCAAACUUCUCGAACACAAAGCCAGUAUUUAUUUUGGAAGAUAAAACACAGAAUAUUUCUCUGAACGGUUCUCUCGAUGAAAAUUCAUGGACAAUAUUCAAUAUUCAGGAAACAGGUUUAUAUAGAGUGAACUAUGACGACAAUACAUGGAGAAAAAUUGCUCAAGCUUUGUCCGGAGAUGACAGAAGAAUUAUUCAUCAUUUGAAUAGAGCUAAGAUCGUCAAUGACCUGUUCGCUUUCUUCUAUGCGGAUGUCGUAAACUUUGACAGAGUGCAUGAAGUUUUAGAGUUCCUGAAAGUUGAAGAUGACUAUUCAGUUUGGUUCGCAGCUCUCCGUGGACUGAAAAAGUUGAGGAACAGCUAUUUGGGAACUGAUGCUUUGGAAUCUAUUGAACAAUAUGCCCUCGGUUUGAUGGAGAAUAUAAUCAGUGUACUCGGAUAUAUGCCUAGAACGGACGACAGUUUCGAAACCCUCAGAAAUAGGCUGCAGCUACUCGAGUUUGCUUGCGAGAUUGGACACGAAGAGUGCACAGGCCAUAUGGUGCAAAUGUUCAAGGAAUUCAAGGAGUAUGACACAGAAGUACCAGCCAGUCUUAGAUCGGUAGUAUACUGCAAUGGGCUUCGAUUCGGAGACGGUUCUGAUUACGAUUUUCUAUGGAACAGAAUGUUGACGACAAAUGUAGCAAAUGAAGCAAGAACUAUUCUCGAAGUUCUAGGAUGUACCUCUGAUGUAGUAAAAAUGAAAGAAUACCUGUCCUCGGUGUUGGUGACAGAUUCCCCGAUCCGAACUCAAGACUUAACGUCACCACUAGCCAGCAUCCUGACCAAUAGUAGCCAUGCAUCCGCCGUGUUGAAUAAUCUGGACUGCACACAAUGGAGCUCAGUGUACCCAUCCAUGGAGACGAUCCUCACUACAAUAGCUUCUGCAUUGAGAUUCGAAGAAGACAUCAAUCACUUUGAAGCUAUACUGGACAGGAACGAAUGUGAUGCUACAGCCAUCAACAGCGCAAGAACCGUACUAGCACAGCUGGCAGCUUCAGCAUCAUGGGCAGAGGACCAUAAGGACGAAGUGCUCAAAACUGUCAGGAGUGGCGUGAAGCUCACUGUACCGAGUCUGUCGAUAUUGACGUUGGCGAUCGGCGCCUUUGUGAUUUCGUACUAAUGUAAACAUUAAUAAAAAUGAACUAAUCGAAGGGUUUUCUACAUUUGAAGAUAUUAUAAGUUAUGGAGAAAAUGCAGCAAAUAACGAAUAUUUUGUGUGAAAUGUGUUUUUUUUUCUCGUACUUAUACACUACAUAGUAUAAAACAAAGUCGCUUUCUCUGUUCCCAUAUCCCUAUGUAUGCUUAAAUCUUUAAAACUACGCAACGGAUUUUGAUGCGGGUUUUAUUUAUAUAUAGUUUGAUCCCUGAGGAAGGUUUAGGUGUAUAAUUUGUAUCCGAGCGAAGCAGGGACGGGCCGCUAGUUUAAAAUAAGACAAGGAACGAUGUUUACAAAAUUGAAAAUAAAAAAUAAAGUUUUGGAAAACUCUGUUUCAAAUAUUUUAUUAUCACUUACUUAUGUAGGUUCAUAACAUGUACCUUUUAUAGGGUUUUCUGGUAGUAAAUUCCUUUUGUUUUUUUUUUCGUUCCAUAUUAUUGUUAUUGUUUAAUAAAUUAGUGACAAUUUAUUCUGAAGUAUUAUAUAUACUUACCGUAUUAUAUCCAUUUCUAAUAUCUUCUAAGUUUAAAAUAGAUUCUAAGUUAUGAAGAGAUAUAGCUCCACUUUGAUAUAUAGAGAACAAAAUGUAAGUUACAUAUAAGUAUAAGAAUACAAUAUAGAACAACUAAGUUACAAGGCUGAACUAUGAAUAUAUGUAUUUUUUUUUUGUUAAUUUCGCUUUUGGUGCAAUAAAGAGUAUUGUAUGUCGAAUAUAAUUUUAUAUUUAAACUUUUUAUUUUAUUUCGAGAGAUAUAUUAAAAUAUUAUAUUAGUAGUAUAUGAUUUGGAAAAAAUGUCGUAAGAAAAAUUGUAAAUAGGUACUUAAAUGCUUUCUGAACUAAUUUAAAAAAAUAUUCAACGUGUUAAAGUCAAACAUGUGUCAAACAAGUGCCUUGUAUAUAACUGCUAUAAAUAAUAAAUCAAUUGUUUCUAA